CUCCAAUCUACUAGCACAAUACGUAUCUCCAGUACUACAUUUAGAGGUCAGCUGGUUUUAUUUAACAUAUUUCUUCCAACUAUUCCCCUAUCGAUACAAUCUUUCGGAGUUAUCUCGUCCUCAUUAGUGUUCGGGCCAAUGAAUUGUCCCAUUCGCGAUUGCAAUUACUUCUCUAGUCUCGAAGCAUAUUCAAUACUUUUGUCUCGCGCCCCACUUCGAUAUCAAAUUUCUAGACCCAACUUACAACCAAUACCUACUCAUUUUCACAUUGCUAUUUUGCCUCUCAUAUUCUUACCCUGAUUUUUCGAUCACGGUGGCCUCAUCAUUAGUUAUUUGGUUUACCUUACGUGAUUUGAGUUCUACCUUCUUCCCAUCUUCGAGUGCUUCCUACUCAGCCUUUGCCUGGCACUUAGUAUCUUACUCUCUGCCUAUCAAAUCACAACUCCACUUCAUCCUCAACUCGAUCAGCCCGUUAAACACUAUAAGUUCUUGAGCAUCAAGGCGCAGUAUUAUCGUAAGUUCCUCUUUCGCAUCUGCUGUCUUUUAUUUGUAUAUCUUAAUGGAUUUACCCUUCAAAUCACUUUCAACGCUCACAUUCUGCUCGGGAUUUUGUCUUUCAUCCAUCAACAUCCUCACUUCAUCAUGUUUGAUUUUGGGCAGAAUUUGUCAUUUUUGAUUAAGCGAGGUACUUUUUUUCCUAUGAACAUUAUAGGUAGCUUCACUGAGCUCUUGGGUUCACAGCAUAUUGAGGACAUGACACCAUAGUGUCUUGUUUCAACACUCUUGCUGUGAUUUUGAACCAUGUCUAGGGUACUCACACACAUGAUAAGCUGUGGUACAUCCAUCAUCAACACUCUUGAGGAACAUUCUCCUUGGCUGUCGAUUGGCAAUCACAAUGCACCCUCUCUUGUAGCUAGAAGAUCUUCAACUGCCGCCUCAAAAUACACUAACACCUUCCUAGAGCACAUCAAGCCACACCUCCCAUCAACCACAACCAUGCCACGCAUUCGCCCUCACACCUCCAAAACCUCCAGCAAAUCACAAAAAAUACCGCACCCAACGCCAUCCAUAAGCAAACGCACCAAGAAUUCCUACAGCAAUGGCGCCAUGAAACCAAUUUUCAGCGGCUGCAAAAUGUCUCUUGCAGGAGAUUUUAUAGCCGAACAUCCUGGCCCUAAUGCUGAGCAACAAUGGAACUAUGAGAAAAUCAGCAAAUGGAUUCGAGUUCAUGGGGGAGAGUAUGCGACGGAGGUGGAUGGAUAUACUACGCAUCUUAUUGUUACUAUUAAGGAAUAUAAGAAGAAGAGUGUGCAGGGUACGCCAACCAUCCUCAAUAUUGUCCAUUCUGAUUAUCGGACUCGUGGAAAAGUACAGAAUGCUAACGCAGUGGCCUGUGGUAUAGUCUGCAAAGCAAUGUCGAUGGGUAAAAGAUGCCAUAUAAUCGUUAUCGACUGGUUAGUAGACUGCCUCACGUCAAAAUUGAACAAGAAAAAGAAACUCGCCGUCACAGGUUAUACGCUUGGGCGAGUAAUCCGUCGCUUGCAUCAUACCGAGGAUCAGAAGAUAAAAUAUCGACAAAGAUUUGAGGAGGGUGUGAAAGCCUGUGAGGAAUUAUGUGACAACCGUACGUGAUUUUUUCUUAAUGUGCCCCCAAAUAUAGUGUCUUCUUUGACUUCUUGUUUGCUUGUUAUAUUCAAUGCUGAUGAGAGGAGAGUCUAAUCAUGGAGAUAGGACUCCAUCACGUUUACACCGAUCAAACAGAUUUCGAAUACAAAGUCGUCCUCACGCGCGUCCUCGUGCAUGGCAAAAACAAAAAUCAGAAAUAUACCGUUUACCUCUUUGCAUCCAAUGCUCAACCCAGUACCUAUAUGGCGGGAGCAAAACUCACAACUGCCUAUCAAAGCCCUUGUUAUCUUCGAGAUGAAUGUCGUCGUAAGCCUUCUCUAUCCUUUUGUCAACAACCCCAUCACCUUGCCUUCUCGCCUCCGUUCUCUCUCUUAUCACAAUCAACAAAUUACUAAGUUCUUUUUAGCCAAAGUCUUCUCCGAAGCCUUCUCGGACUUCAAAGCAAUCUUCAAAUGCAAAACCGGCAUCGAGUGGGACGACCGAUAUGAGCCACUCCCCAAAAACCAUUCGGAAACUUUGUUCAGAUAUCAAAGACCUACUUUGGGUCGUCCAAUGGGUAUGUUACCUAGUUGGCGCAAGGCCCCUAGUUGGAAGGAUGAGGAUUUAAAAUUCAAUGUGAGAGCACUUGAUCCUUGUGGUGAGGAAAUUAAUGAAAAUGAUGAGGAUGACGAUGAGGUGGCUGAAAAAGAGAGAGCGAAUGAGAGGAGGAAUGAGAAGAUGGCAGUGCAGAGACGAUUGGCCGAGAGACGAAUGAUGGAGAGCAGUCAACAUGAAUAUGAUAGUGAUAGUGAGGUGGAUGAUGAUGAGACAUUUGAUGAGCUGAUGAGGGAUCAAUUACCUUCUCCUCCUUCAUCACCUCGUAAACACCAAAAUCAAUCUCAACCGCAAGCGCAAGCUGCCACGGGGAUGGAGAAGGAGGAAAUUAUUGUUAUUUCUGAUUCGGAGACUGACACUGGUGAUUCGGGUGAUGGCUAUGAUGAAAUUGCAGGACUAACAGCCACCAGCUCAACUUCCUCAAAUAUCUCAUCAACACAUGUUUCGCAGCCACUGUCCUCGUUCUCAGCAUCGGGUAACUCGAUCUCAGAUUCUAUCAUUUUAUGAGUAGACUUUGCUCCUAACCUCAAAACCUUACAUCUUCUAUCCCAUAUCCAUCAUAUCCAUCAUAUCCAUCAUAUCCAUCAUAUCCAUCAUAUCCAAAAAUGUCAAUCAUAACGCACCACACCACGUCUCACCAUUAUCCACCACUGCACAGGCGUCAAUGAGAUGAGACAUCUCUCGCAUUGCCUUUUUUCAAUACCAAGUCAGUACAUCAUCGAUUCGGAACAGUUAUCAAAUUCAUUUUCCAAAAAAAAUUUAAUAUAUCUUUUUCCCCGUUUCAAUGAUACUUGCACAACCAGACAGAUACAUCAUCAACACUAAUUUUCAACAAGCCAGAGGCCAAUAGGGGUUUUGAUGAACCAAAUUUCUAAUCUUGGUUUUCUUUUUACUUUCUUUUCGCCUUUUAUGACAUACAACGGAUGGAUGGAUUGAUGCAUGAAUAAAUGGGUGGAUAUCUAUCUAUCUCUGUUUCGAGAGGAUAUAGCAUUCAAGAGCAAGUAGGGGCAUUUUUCACCAUAGUUUU